AUGGUACGUUUGAUCUCGUCGCUUCCUCUUCAAACAGUCCCAGCCGAAUCCGGCUGGGAACAUUGUGAUAUGUCGGCUGUAUCGGAGACCACCGACUUCGAGGCCGGAAUAGGUAGACGAGAUACAUUCCUGGGAGACAACCGCUGCGUCAUCUGUGGCUGUCCCAUUACACUCGACAGAUGCUAUAUAAUUAGUAGAAAGGAGAGGCGAUUCUGGACUAAACUCAAGAACUGCAACUGGAUUCUAGAGCGGGCCAAAAACCAUCCUAAACAUGAACUACGCAACGGCCUGACUAUGUGUGACACGCAUCAUCGCGUAUUCGAUGAAUGCUAUUUCUUUAUACGGUUCUUACCCGAGAGUCGCAAGUUCGUGUUUGUCAACCAUUCGUUAGAGCGCGAACUCCAGCAGUUCCAUGGCAAGGCAAUUGCGCUUGACAUCAGGGAUCGCUAUGUGCCUUUCCCUUCCCUAUUCAUCAUUCACGAAGAGCGCGUCCGAGGCUUCAAUCCCUUCAGCCCUGUUGACCCAGAACUGCCCGAUGACCCUGAAUGGCAAGACUGGAUCUUGUCGGAGGGCGUAGUCAAUGAGUCGGGUUCUUUCAAUCGUGAUCCUCCGCCAUCCAACAGCAACACCAACGACGCUUCUUCACCGCAAUCACCGCAACUGCAGCAUACAGCGGCGGGUGCAAGUGGCAGAUCGUCUGGCACACGUAGACUAGUGCUCAACGACGAUGUGAUUGCUGAGAUCCUCGCGGCGACGCAUGCCUCUCUGUCGUGGAAGGCUUGUGUGAUGGAAGGCACAAGUUGGGACGGCACUGGGGAAGAAAAUGUCAGAAAAUAUAUGGACACUGUUGGCAUAGAGAAAGACUCUUGA